AUGGAACCCAUCUACGUUUAUAUUUUGAGGUUUCGCCUACGCUACACGGUUUUUCCGGUCAUCUAUCCUCACACACAAGAUGAUUGCUGGAAAUUCCGAUUUUUGGUCAUAUUAUGCUAUAACCGGAGUGUUAAUAAGGGUUUAGGGAAAGAGAGGGUGAAGGUGAAUCACAACGAUUUCAAGCUUGCCUUCACCACCGUCUAUGACACGCGUAGAGCUCCAUCUGCUUCAAUCGGAAACACCAUUAACGACACCCUAGGAACGACCGAUGAGAGGUGGGUGAGAGUAGGUAAUUGCUGCUUAAAGCAACAACAGAAUUGUGUCGCUCCUUGCCCUGACAUUCUAAAUUUUGGCAUCUUUACAUUCAUCAUUGAAAUGAUUGUGAAAAAGGGUGACAAUGACCUGCCCGGACUGACCGAUGUUGAGAAGUUGGUAACUAAGUGAGCAAGGUUCCUUAGAUACAGAGGUUGGUGACAUCAUAGACAUUCCAAAGAAAGAGGGCAAGAAUUGCUGACAAGAAGAAGAGGAUUGGAAAGGCAAAAUCAGAGGCUGCAGAUUACCAUCUAUUGCUGCAUAAACACCUUGGUAUGCAUGGAUUCUAUUUAGAGUGUUAGAUCUUGAUGUAACUGAGUUUUUUGCUCAAGUUUUUAAUUAAGAUUAGGUAAUGUACAAUUUUUUCAAUUAUAUGUCGAACAAUGGAGAACAUAUGGAGGAUGUGUAACUAUCUAAUUAUAAACAAAAAUUAUUCUCAGGGGAA